AUGGAUAGAUAAGCAGAAAUUACUUCAAAAUUUUAAAAUUUGAACCCAGAAACAAAAUCUGUUGAUUACUAAAAUAAAGUGGAUUACUAUAAACAUACCUCAUCCCCUAAUGAUAAAUUGCCUUUUUAAACAUUCCAGCAGAGAUAGAAUUAAUCUAACCUCAACUGCUAUACUCACAUCAAUCCAAAGAAAAAUGUUGGCAUAUUUUCAGAUAAUACUCCUAAAACAAGAACUAAAUAAUUAUUCCUUAACAAGCAUUUGAAUGAGGGCAAACUAUUAGAAUAGAGACUUAUGAUUUCAUUGAGAGCCUGCUAGAAUUUGAAGUUGACUCCUUAAAAGUUUUUCAGCAUGAUGAGAGAACUCAUAUACCCAGUCAAGAGUAGAUUUGGAUUUCAGCUUGAGUCUCUAUCUCUGGGAAAUCUUCUAAAUGAUCCAGCAACUUCUAUUCACCAAGAUUGGGAUAUUCUUAAGGAUGGAUCUUGCAUAGAAGAAUUCACUGAAUUUGUUAUUUAAGAGGCUUAGGACCUAAUAUCUCUUUUUCUUUGCAGCAGCACAACUAACAAUGAGCUAUUAAAACCAAUUUUCAAGAUAGUUUCUUUUGCAACCUAAUUGCAUUUGAAUAUAAUAUUGAAAGAACUGCUUUGUGAUGUGGUUUCAAAUCUUAUCUCAUAUAUUCAUAGAACUGUUGAAUUGAAUGAUAAGAUGAUGCUCAGUGAAUCACAAUAUACUGAAAUUGUAGACAGUCUACAUUAAAUUGAAAAGAGGUUGUAUGAAAUAUUUUAGCAGAACUUUGAUUUAGAUUCUUAUUUGAAUGCAUGUGCUUGA